AUGGAGAUGCGGUUAAGUGGAAGAGGAUUGAUCAUAUCUCUAAUUUUCUUCCUGUUAAAAUUCUCAACAGCAAUUGAAAUACCACUCUCAGUUCAACAGGUUCCAACAAUUAUAAAACAGUCAAAAGUGCAAGUUGCUUUUCCUUUUGAUGAAUAUUUUCAAAUUGAAUGUGAAGCUAAGGGGAAUCCAGCACCAAUAUUCACAUGGACUAAGGAUGACAAGCCUUUUAAUCUCUCUGACCCCCGGAUAAUUGUAUCUAACAGUUCAGGAACAUUCAAGAUCCCAAAUGAAGGACACAUAUCUCACUUUCAAGGAAAAUACCGCUGCUUUGCUGCUAAUAAACUGGGAGUUGCUAUGUCAGAAGAAAUAGAAUUUAUAGUUCCCAGUGUUCCAAAAUUCCCGAAAGAAAAAAUUGACCCUCUGGAAGUGGAGGAGGGAGAUUCGAUUGUCCUCCCAUGCAACCCCCCCAAAGGCCUUCCACCUUUACACAUUUAUUGGAUGAAUAUUGAAUUAGAACACAUCGAGCAAGAUGAAAGAGUAUACAUGAGCCAAAAGGGAGAUCUGUACUUCGCAAAUGUGGAAGAAAAAGACAGUCGGAAUGAUUACUGUUGCUUUGCUGCAUUUCCAAGAUUAAGGACUAUUGUACAGAAAAUGCCAAUGAAACUAACAGUUAACAGUUUAAAGCAUGCUAAUGACUCAAGUUCAUCCCCAGAAAUUGGUUCCAAGGCCAAUUCGAUCAAGCAAAGAAAACCCAGACUGCUGCUGCCCCCCACGGAGAUGGGAGGUCAGUCCUCAGUCAUCAUCCUCAAAGGGGACACCCUGCUGCUGGAGUGUUUUGCUGAAGGCCUGCCAACUCCACAGGUUGAAUGGGACAAACUGGGUGGUGAUUUACCAAAGGGAAGAGUAACGAAAGAAAAUUAUAAUAAGACAUUGAAGAUAGAGAAUGUCUCCUAUCGCGACAAAGGAACUUACCGCUGCACAGCCAACAAUUUUUUGGGAACAGCCACUCAUGAUUUUCAUGUUACAAUAGAAGAGCCUCCUCGCUGGACAAAGAAACCUCAGAGUGUCGUGUAUAGCACUGGGAGCAGCUAUAUCUUGAUAUGUGACGCCGAAGGAGAACCUCAACCCACACUCAAGUGGAGAGUGAAUGGCGCCACUGACUAUCAUCUAUUUGCUGGCAACUUCAUCUCCUCAAGGGAAAUCAGUUUUACCAACCUACAACCAAAUCAGACUUCUGUGGUCCAGUGUGAAGCCUCAAAUGUCCAUGGGACCAUCCUUGCCAAUGCCAAUAUUGAUAUUAUAGAUAUCCACCCAUUGAUACAAACUGAAGACGAAGAAAAUUAUGCGGCCAUGGUUGGGUACAGUGCUUUCCUACAUUGCGAGUUCUUUGCAUCACCUGAGGCCGUAGUGUCCUGGCAGAAGGUGGAUGAAGCGAAACCCCUUGAAGGCAGACGGUACUAUAUCCAUGAAAAUGGCACAUUACAGAUCAAUAAAACCACAGAAGACGAUGCUGGGCCAUAUUCCUGUUGGGUAGAAAAUGCUAAAGGAAAAACUGCAGUCACAGCCAAUUUGGAUAUUAGAAAUGCCACAAAACUUCAACUCUCUCCUAAGAAUCCUCGUGUCCCCAAAUCACAUACGCUUGAAUUACAUUGUGAGAGCAAAUGUGACUCACAUUUGAAACACAGUUUGAAGUUGUCCUGGAGCAAAGAUGGAGAAGCCUUUGAAAUUAAUGGCACGGAAGAUGGCAGGAUAAUUAUUGAUGGAGCUAAUCUGACCAUAUCUAAUGUCACUUUAGAGGACCAAGGUGUUUACGUCUGCUUGGCUCAAACUGCUCUAGAUAGCACUGCUGAUAUAACCCAAGUAACUGUCCUUGAUAUCCCGGAUCCACCAGAAAACCUUCUCUUGUCUGAAAGACAGAACAGGAGUGUUCGGCUCACUUGGGAAGCUGGCGAUGACCACAAUAGCAACAUCAGCGAGUAUAUUGUAGAAUUUGAAGGAAACAAAGAGGAACCUGGAAGGUGGGAGGAAUUGACUCGAGCCCAAGGAAAGGAAACAACGGUCAUGUUGUCUUUGGCUCCGUAUGUGACAUACCAGUUCAGGGUCAUAGCUGUGAAUGAAGUAGGGAGAAGUCAGCCCAGCCAGCCAUCAGACCAUCAUGAAACACCUCCGGCAGCUCCAGACAAGAAUCCACAGAACAUAAGAGUUCAAGCUUCUCAACCCAAGGAAAUGAUUAUAAAAUGGGAGCCUUUGAAAUCCAUGGAGCAGAAUGGACCAGGACUGGAGUACAGAGUGACUUGGAAGCCACAAGGAGCCCCAGUAGAAUGGGAAGAAGAAACAGUCACAAACCACACCUUGCGGGUGAUGACGCCUACUGUCUACGCUCCUUAUGACGUCCAAGUCCAAGCCAUCAAUCAACUGGGCUCUGGGCCUGAGCCUCAGUCAGUGACUCUCUAUUCUGGAGAAGACUAUCCUGAUACAGCUCCAGUCAUUCACAAGGUGGAUGUUAUAAACAGCACUGUGGUUAAAGUUACCUGGUCAGCCAUUCCAAAGGACAGAGUACAUGGACGUCUGAAAGGAUAUCAGGUCAAUUGGUGGAAAACAAAAAGUCUGUUGGAUGGAAGAAUAUAUCCCAAAGAAGUAAACAUUCUAAGAUUUUUAGGACCAAGAAACUAUGGAAUGGUUCCUUCCUUAGAUGCAUUUAGUGAAUUUCACUUAACAGUCUUAGCCUAUAAUUCCAAAGGAGCUGGUCCAGAAAGUGAGCCUUAUAUUUUUCAAACACCAGAAGGAGUACCGGAACAGCCAACUUUUCUCAAGGUCAUCAAGGUUGAUAAAGACACUGCCACUUUAUCCUGGGGACUACCUAAUAAAUUAAAUGGAAACUUAACUGGCUAUCUAUUACAAUACCAGAUAAUAAAUGACACCUAUGAGAUUGGAGAAUUAAAUGGUAUCAACAUUACAACUCCCUCGAAGCCCAUCUGGCGUCUCUCAAACCUCAAUGCAACUACCAAGUACAAAUUCUACUUGAGGGCUUGUACGUCAAAGGGCUGUGGAAAGCCAAUCACCGAGGAAAGUUCCACGUUAGAAGGAGAGAGUAAAAGUAUCGGGAAGAUAUCAGAAGGAAUAAAUUACACUCAAAAGAUUCACCCAAUAGAGGUGUCUGAGUCUGGAGCUGAACAUGUAGUUCGCCUAUUGACUAAGAAUUGGGUUGAUAACAAUAGCAUUUUUGAAGAUGUAAUUGAGACAAGAGGGAGAGAAUAUGCUGGUUUAUAUGAUGACAUCUCCACUCAAGGCUGGUUUAUUGGAUUGAUGUGUGCCAUAGCUCUUCUGACGCUAAUCCUGUUAACCGUUUGCUUUGUGAGAAGGAACAAAGGUGGAAAGUACUCAGUGAAAGAAAAGGAAGAUUUGCAUCCAGAUCCAGAAAUUCAAUCAGUAAAAGAUGAAACCUUUGGUGAAUACAGUGACAGUGAUGAAAAACCUCUCAAAGGAAGCCUUCGGUCCCUCAACAGGGAUAUCCAGGCCACAGAAAGUGCUGACAGCUUAGUGGAGUACGGAGAAGGAGACCACGGCCUGUUCAAUGAAGAUGGAUCAUUCAUUGGCGCUUAUGCUGGAUCUAAGGAGAAAGGGUCUGUUGAAAGCAAUGGUAGUUCUACAGCAACAUUUCCACUCCGAGCAUAA